AUGCCCGACUUUGCACAGCUAGCAUUGUCGGUUGCGAUGGUAAUAGGCCCCAUCGUGGGCUACAUUGACCAGUAUUUUAUUAUCCGUCGUAAGCAAUCGAGUGCCGGAUUCAACUCAAUGACAUGUGCCGUUCUUUUGAUCGCAAAUAUCCUUCGUGUAUUCUUUUGGUUUGGCAAACGAUUCGAUACGACCCUUUUUGCUCAAUCGAUUGUGAUGAUCCUUGCUAUGCUUGUGCUAUUGGAAAUCGUCGUUCGCUAUCGCCAUCACCCGAGUCCUUUGACUUUGUACAGCAAUUUGGAUGACCAGUCUUCAGUGGAAUAUGACGACGAAGAAGAUGAAGAACUUGUUGGUGGAGGUGGUGGUACUAGCACACAACGUUCAUCCUCCAUGAUACCAUUGCCUCGCUUUAUUCGGUCAUGUUGGGCUUGGAACCAUUACAUUGAUUACAUCAACUUUUUGCUUGGAUUCACCACCUUUGUUGCCGUUUUAUAUCUUCUUCUUGGCCGCUUCCCUGCAUUCGUUGAAGUCCUUGGAUUUGUAAGCGUUGGUAUCGAGAGCACAUUACCCGUACCCCAAUGCAUUUCCAACUUUCGUCGUCGUUCCACAGCUGGGUUUAGUUUUCUAGUGCUUGGUAGCUGGUUUUUUGGCGAUAGCUUUAAGCUUUUCUACUUUAUUUAUACCCAUUCACCUCUUCAAUUCAUCAUUUGCGGUGCAAUCCAACUUUCGAUCGAUUCGGUUAUUGUUUUGCAAUUCAUUUUGUUCUCUGAACGUGUCAAGAAAAGACUUGGUAUCGGGCAGCAGCAGCAUGUACCUGUAUUAGAUGAUUCAGAUAGUACUUAA